GACCUGAGUGCAGGGUUACCGCGCCCAUCUCUGCUGUUUGAUGGCCGGAGGAAGAAGCGACUGAGAUCCUGGCGUGAAGGAAGAAAAAAAAAAGAAGAGGGACGACGACGGUGGGAAAGACGAAGGGAUUUUUUUUUUGCUUUGAGUGGGAAUUUUCGUUGAGACGGAAGAACGCUCCGACGGGACUGUGCCACGUCUUUCUGGGUGAACGCCGACUUAUCUCUGCGCCUCUGUGCCGGUGUGUCUCCCCCCCUCGGCGGGUCAAAAACUGGGUUCGGGGAGUGCCGCUCCUCGGUAGCUUAACUAACGCUAGCUAAAUCUUAGGCGCCUGGGCGGAGAGCGGAGAGACAAGAUUUAGCUGUUUCCAGUCAAUGUGAUAUAAACAACGGAUACCCUCAACUGAACGCUGAUCAGCAAGAGUCUCGGCGGCGGAGCGAAGCACACCAUUAGCAGAGGAAAAUGAGUGAACUGGAUCAGCUACGCCAGGAGGCUGAGCAGCUCAAGAACCAGAUCAGAGAUGCCAGGAAAGCGUGUGCGGAUGCUACUCUGUCUCAGAUCACAGCUAGCAUCGACCCCGUUGGCAGAAUUCAAAUGCGCACUAGACGGACACUGAGGGGUCAUCUGGCUAAAAUCUAUGCCAUGCACUGGGGCACUGACUCAAGGCUUUUGGUCAGCGCCUCCCAGGAUGGUAAACUCAUUAUUUGGGACAGCUACACCACGAACAAGGUCCACGCCAUCCCGUUGCGCUCCUCCUGGGUGAUGACGUGUGCCUACGCCCCUUCUGGGAACUACGUGGCCUGCGGAGGCCUGGACAACAUCUGCUCCAUCUACAACCUGAAGACCCGCGAGGGAAAUGUGCGCGUCAGCCGCGAGCUGGCCGGACACACAGGUUACCUGUCCUGCUGUCGCUUCCUGGAUGACAACCAGAUCGUCACCAGCUCUGGAGACACCACCUGUGCUCUGUGGGACAUUGAGACUGGUCAGCAGACGACCACCUUUGCCGGUCACACUGGCGAUGUAAUGAGUCUCUCCCUGGCGCCUGACACCAGGCUGUUUGUGUCUGGGGCCUGCGAUGCCUCGGCUAAGCUCUGGGACAUCAGAGAAGGAAUGUGCCGACAGACCUUCACUGGCCACGAGUCGGACAUCAACGCUAUCUGCUUCUUCCCCAACGGCAACGCAUUCGCCACUGGUUCAGACGACGCCACCUGCCGGCUGUUUGACCUGCGUGCCGACCAGGAGCUGAUGGUUUACUCACACGACAACAUCAUCUGUGGCAUCACCUCCGUGGCGUUCUCCAAGAGCGGCCGCCUACUGCUGGCCGGCUACGACGAUUUCAACUGCAACGUCUGGGACACUUUGAAGGCCGACCGUGCAGGUGUCCUGGCUGGUCACGAUAACCGGGUGAGCUGCUUGGGUGUGACCGACGACGGCAUGGCAGUGGCAACAGGGUCCUGGGACAGCUUCCUCAAGAUCUGGAACUAGAGUCUGAAGAUGGCAUCUGGACUCCAAAGUUGAGUGGAAGACCAUUCCAACAUCACAAUGUUCAAUUUUAUUGCAUAUCCAUCUUUUCAAAAAACACCAUGAUACUGACUCCAAACACCCCAAAAAUCUGUCAAGGGCAAAAAUUCUCUCUCUUCCUCCCCCGUUCUCAUUUGAAAGAGCACAAUUGUCUUGUCACUCAUUCAGCUACGAAAAAGUAAAAACAAAAAAAAAGCCUGAGGAAUUCGGUUGAGGGGGAAAUUGUGCUUUCCUCCUGUUGGCAUGGUCUGGAAUUGUAUUAAGCCACCUUAAAGCAAACCUUUCCUGUGUCCUCAUUACGCACAGGUCUGAGUGAACAUGAACGUCAUUGAACUCGUACUCGCUUUUUUUUUUUUUUUUGGCAAAGUUUCUUGGCUCUUUUUUUCCUUUUUUGAUUUUUUUUUUUUUUUCGUUAAAGAGAAGUAGAUCAGUGAAGCGUUGAGGGUCACAACUUUGUUUUAUUUCCUUGUCUUUCCACAUUUUAGAGAAUGUUUUUAAGUUGAGAGCUAGAAGAACCUCCAGAUCAUGUCAUUUUAAAUCCAGCUUUAUCCCACUGGAGAACAAAGUGAGAGAAUUGAGCUUCAACAGGGAGUCCUCAAGCCACUUCUGGCCCUACUGUAUAUUUUGUUCCGUGAUACUUUUACGGUUUCUUUUUUCCGGUGUAGUCCACAAAUCCUUGUUUGCACAAAAAUUAAACUUUGCAUAUAUAGAAUAAUGUCUAAAGUAAAAAAAACAACAAGUUAACUAACCAAGCACACGCUGUUUAGGAUGAAUGCUCAUUUUUGAAAUGAAAAAAAAACACAAAAAACAACCAUUUUAACCAUUCUUACACCUUUUUGUCUGGCGACAGUGUAGAAUAAUUAAAUGAAGAUUAACCCAUCGGUUCAUAAUCCACCCCGCCCCUCUUUUUUAUUCAUUUUUUUCCUCCUUUAAUUUAGUUUCCCCUGGUUUCUGUUGCCCGUGGUUGGGACCGGUGAUGUGAUUUGGUACCUCCACUUGAGCCCGGUUGCAGUCCGGAUGUUUCUCUUUUAACAGAGGUGCCCAUUCCGUGCUUGGAAAUGCAGUUACUACUCUGUGAAUGACAUGUUGUAUAAAUCAAUGUUUGAAAAUAAUGAUAUUGAAACUUUUUAAGUUAAAAAUGAAAAAAAAAGAUUUUGGUUGUCUGCCAUGGGUGGGUUAUCUCUUAGAAUCGCAUGCUGUAGAAUUGCUUAAAAAGGUGCAUAUGGAAUUAAGUCCUUUGAUGUUUUUCUUUAAGAAAAUAACCUGUUGAAUAUAUCAAUACAAUGGUAUUUAUAUUUUUCUUUUCCUUUUUUUUCUUCUUUUUUUCCCUUUUGGCUACUCCGUGCAUACAUGAUUCAACUAAAAUGUCAAAGCUAUGCACAUGAGAAGCAAACCCUGCAACAUGAAAGGUUACUUGGUCCAUACUUGGGAGGGAUUCCACAAAUUAAGAAGCAACGUAAAAUGUUCAAAUUGUAUACACAUGCAUACCUACAUUCAUUCACCUAAACAUACACAAUCUCAAAUGGAACAAAUUUUCAUUCCUUCUGUAGCAAACAAAUUCCACUUACAAAGAAACAUUUUAUAACAGGUUUUUUUCUGUCCUUUAAUAAAAAAUGAGAAAAAAAAUCUUGCAGCAUCUGAAUGGCAGAAUUUUCUGUUGUUCCUUUCUCCUUGUAAACAGAGACGCUCUUUCUUUAGCAGUAGUGACAUUUUUUUUCCAUUCUGUUUUUUUUCUCUGCGACAUUCUGUACAAAAAAUGUGCUGUAAUUGUGCGUUAGGCCUGGAGUUGGCAAAAAGUAAAAUGAAAUAAAAACUAUAAAAAAUUAAUUAAAUUCCCUUUUCUCUUUCUCCAUCAAAUAACUGUAGAGCUCUGCACCCCCACUCUUCCCUUUUCACCUUUUGUAUUUAAUUUUAAAGUCAGUCAGUGUACAACCGAAAGCUGGAUGCAAGAUAGAAACUAUAUUAAAAUGUACUGUUAUUUAAGAUGUAAUAAAAAGCAGUUUGAGAUGACCUACUGUGUUGAGUGUGAUUCACUUAAAGAGGUUACCACUGAAGCUAGAAUGUUGCAGACUGUUUGGUUUCCCUGUAAUUAUGUUCAAGUCAAAUAAACAAUUUCUUAUCCACUGUUGAAUCA